GUUGUAUCAUUUUUCUAAUCAAUAACUCUAAGAUUUGUUAAGCAUACACGACUUUUUUUCAAUCUUUAAUAGUCAGCUGCAAAAUUUUCCGUUAGAGCACACCGUAACUCACGCUACCAGGAAAUGACAGAUAAACAGAGAUUAGCCAAUGAAGAUGAUGAUGGCGUGGAAGUACCUAAACGCAGAGAGGGAAGGAAACAUAUUCAAACAAGUGAGAGCCAUAAAAAUACGACGUCUGAAAUAGUAGCAAUAGCUGUUUCGUGGCUUCUUGUAUUGGUCACCUUUCCCAUCUCCUUGUUCUUUUGUUUCGCUACGAUCGCGGAAUUUCAUCGGGCGAUAUUCUUCCGUCUAGGACGUGUCAGACGAGGCGCUCGUGGGCCGGGUCUGAUCUGGUAUUUGCCGUGCAUCGACUCCUACUCUCUAGUGGAUCUGCGCACUAGAGUGGAGGUGAUUCCAACCCAGGAGAUGAUAACUAAAGACUCUGUGACGAUCAGCGUCGAUGCAGUCCUGUUCUAUUACAUCACAGGCUCAUUGCACGCGACAAUCCAAAUUUCGAAUUUGCACGAAUCAACUCUUUUUAUAGCUCAGACAACGCUGCGUAACGCUGUGGGUUCCAAAACCCUUCAUGACCUUCUGAUAUCCAGGGAAGCUCUGUCUGAGGAAAUUGGGCUAGCUGUAGACCGCGCAACCGAGAAGUGGGGUGUGAGGAUCGAAAGAGUCGCAAUUAAGGAUAUAAACUUACCAGAAAGUCUUCAGCGAACUAUGGCUAGCGAAGCGGAGGCAAUGAGGGAAGCUCGUGCCAAAAUCAUAUCUGCGGAGGGAGAGCUCUUGGCCUCAAGGGCUUUGAAGGAGGCAUCUGAUGUGAUGGCUCAAAAUAAAAUUACCUUACAGUUGCGACAUUUGCAGAUCCUUACAUCGAUUGCUCAUGAGCGCUUUGUUAAGAUAAUAUAUCCUUUCCCUAUGGAGAUAUUGUCACCAUUUGAGGGCCGUAAAAAGGGUGGUGAGGCUGGUUUCGAACCCUUAUUAGAAUUGUGUGGUAUUACAACGGUAAAGGGUUCUGAGGCUGAGUACAGAACAACUUCUAGAGCUACUGAAAAUAAUAUCAAUGAAGAACAGAGUCAACCUCAGCUUGAAUACCAAUGUUAGGAAUUGGACGCAUAUGCUAUAUUGAAAAUAUUGGUUUGUGUGGUGAAACAUUAAAAUAUUUUGUACAAGUUUUGUUUUUUUUGAAUCAAGAUCUCUAAGAAU